UUUUUUUUUUUUUUUUGCAGCAUCAGUACCGCGCUCGUAUCACAUUCAUUCGCUGAACACGGAGCGCGCUGCGGGGCGACACUGCACCGCUUCGGAGGACACACAAACAUCGUAUAAGGGGGAAUAGAGGAAGAAAAAAGGACAGCGAGAUAGUGCAUUGGGGAAAAAACCCCAAAGUCAAACAUCAGCCGAAAAUAUAACAGACGGACACUAGGAAAAAGGAGAAACGGACAAGGCAGCAAAAUCCAGGCGAUAACAUUUUAGCCGACACGGCGGGGAAACAAUGAAGGACCGUACGCAGGAACUACGAAGUGCUAAGGACAGUGAUGAUGAUGAGGAAGUUGUCCACGUUGAUAGGGACCAUUUUAUGGAUGAGUUCUUUGAACAGGUGGAGGAGAUUCGAGGUUGUAUAGAGAAGCUGUCAGAGGACGUGGAGCAGGUGAAGAAGCAGCACAGCGCCAUCCUGGCAGCGCCCAACCCUGAUGAGAAGACUAAGCAGGAGUUGGAGGACCUUACUGCUGACAUCAAGAAGACGGCCAAUAAAGUGCGCUCAAAAUUAAAAGCAAUCGAGCAGAGUAUUGAACAGGAGGAGGGGCUGAACAGAUCGUCUGCAGACUUGCGGAUUCGUAAGACACAGCAUUCCACGCUGUCACGCAAGUUUGUGGAGGUGAUGACCGAGUACAACACCACGCAGUCUAAGUAUAGGGACCGCUGCAAGGACCGCAUCCAGAGACAACUGGAAAUCACUGGGAGAACAACCACCAAUGAAGAGCUAGAAGAUAUGUUGGAGAGUGGCAAGCUUGCCAUCUUCACUGAUGAUAUCAAGAUGGACUCCCAGAUGACCAAGCAGGCCCUGAACGAGAUUGAGACCCGACACACUGAGAUCAUCAAACUGGAGAACAGCAUCCGCGAGCUCCACGACAUGUUUGUGGAUAUGGCCAUGCUGGUGGAGAGCCAGGGUGAAAUGAUUGACAGAAUUGAGUACAACGUGGAACAUUCAGUGGACUAUGUGGAGCGGGCUGUGUCUGACACCAAGAAGGCUGUGAAAUACCAGAGCCAGGCCCGCAAAAAGAAGAUUAUGAUCAUUAUCUGCUGUGUGGUGUUGGGAGUCAUCUUGGCGUCCAGUAUUGGAGGAACGCUUGGCUUUUAGAGAUGACCGGAAGAAGACCACCAACAAGAACACCAGACAGAAAACCAUAACAAACCAAGAUAAGAAAACAAUAACAAAACAGGGGUGGGUGGGAUCCAAACGCAGAGACAAAAAAAAAAAACAAAAAAACAAAACAAAA